AAAUUAAAUUAAGUCAAGCAAUAAAUGACAAAGAGUCAACUUUUAGCUAAUCGAAACGCGCGCUCAAAAGUAGGCAAUAAAUUCGGUGCAACAAUGAACAACAAGUAAUUCCGGUAGUUGCAACAAAUUGAUCUCACAAAUACCCGAAAAGAAAAACGCAUAGUGACAAAAAAAAAAAAAACAAACAACAACAACAAGAAAAAUUUACAAGUGGCAAAUUCUCAACGUAUUUGUAGCAAGAGCAACAGCGGCAAAUAGCAAAUAACAAAUAGCAAUACAAAAUGCAUUCGAGGCUAAAAUUCUUGGCAUAUUUACAUUUAAUGUGCGCUGCCAGCAUUUGCUGCUUGGAAUUUAGCGCAGCUCAGCAGCAGCAACAGCAGUUGCAGCAACAACAAUCUGCAUCGUUAACCGAGAAAAUACCAUUAGGCGCCAUCUUCGAGCAGGGCACGGACGAUGUGCAAUCAGCCUUUAAAUAUGCAAUGCUCAAUCACAAUCUGAAUGUCAGCGCACGGCGUUUCGAGUUGCAGGCUUACGUUGAUGUCAUCAAUACGGCGGAUGCAUUUAAAUUAUCGCGCUUGAUUUGCAAUCAAUUCUCGCGCGGAGUCUACUCAAUGCUGGGCGCCGUAUCGCCGGACUCCUUUGACACAUUGCACUCCUAUUCGAAUACGUUCCAAAUGCCAUUCGUGACGCCCUGGUUUCCGGAAAAGGUGCUUACCCCGUCAUCGGGCCUGUUGGAUUUUGCAAUCAGCAUGCGUCCGGAUUAUCAUCAGGCAAUUAUUGAUACCAUACACUACUACGGCUGGCAAAGCAUUAUUUAUCUAUACGAUUCGCAUGAUGGCUUACUGCGCUUGCAGCAAAUCUAUCAAGAACUGAAGCCCGGAAAUGAAACAUUUCGUGUGCAAAUGGUCAAACGCAUCGCCAACGUAACGAUGGCCAUUGAAUUUUUGCACACGAUGGAGGAUUUGGGGCGGUUCAGCAAAAAGCGCAUCGUGCUCGACUGCCCGGCGGAAAUGGCCAAAGAGAUCAUCAUACAGCAUGUGCGGGAUGUAAAGCUCGGCAGGCGCACCUAUCAUUACCUGCUCAGCGGCCUGGUCAUGGAUAACCAUUGGCCCAGCGAUGUGGUGGAGUUUGGAGCCAUCAACAUCACCGGCUUUCGUAUUGUGGACACUAAUCGGCGAGCAUUGCGUGAUUUUCACGACAGCCGGAAGCGAUUGGAGCCAGCAAGUGUUCCCAACACAGCGGGAGGUGGCAACCUGCCAGCCAUUUCGGCACAAGCAGCGCUCAUGUACGAUGCGGUAUUUGUGCUUGUCGAGGCCUUCAAUCGCAUUCUGCGCAAGAAACCAGAUCAGUUCCGUGCCAAUCACCUGCAGCGACGUAGUCAUGCGGGCGGCUCUGGUGCCUCCGGUGCAUUGAACGAGUCCAGCGCAUUGCUGGACUGCAAUACAUCCAAGGGCUGGGUGACGCCUUGGGAGCAGGGAGAAAAAAUAUCCCGAGUUCUGCGCAAGGUGGAAAUCGAUGGAUUAACGGGUGCUGUGCGCUUUGAUGAUGAUGGCCGGCGUGUCAACUACACCUUGCAGGUGGUCGAAAUGUCCGUGAACAGCACCCUGCAACAGGUGGCCGAGUGGCGUGAUGAUACUGGCUUUCUGCCGUUCCAUGGACAACGUGGCGGCUAUAGCCAUAGCAGCAAUUCGCGCUCGUCGGUCGCCAGCAAUGGGGAUUAUACACGCAAUCACACGUACAUUGUGACAAGUGUACUGGAGGAGCCAUAUCUAAUGCAUAAGGCUGGCUACGGCCAGCAGCUGGUUGGCAACGAACGCUUUGAGGGAUACUGCAAGGAUCUGGCUGAGCUGAUUGCCACCCGGCUGGGAAUCAAAAUUGAGCUGCGUCUGGUGCAGGAUGGCAGCUAUGGUGCCGAGAAUCAGUUUGCCCCAGGUGGAUGGGAUGGCAUGGUGGGUGAACUGUUACGUAAGGAGGCAGACAUUGCAAUUGCAGCCAUGACGAUUACAGCGGAACGGGAGCGUGUCAUAGAUUUUACCAAGCCUUUUAUGUCGCUGGGCAUAAGUAUAAUGAUCAAAAAGCCGGUGAAACAAACUCCAGGUGUUUUCAGUUUUCUCAAUCCGCUCUCACAGGAGAUUUGGAUGAGCGUCAUCUUUAGCUAUGUGGGCGUAAGCAUUGUGCUCUACUUUGUCACCCGAUUGCCGCCACACGAGUGGCGCAUUGUGCGUCGUAAUGCUGGUGAUGCGAAUUCCCAGCAGCCACCGGGCAUUAUUGGUGGUGCACCGAUGACUGAGCCACAGGAGCAACAGGCAUUGGCCCCCAAUGAAUUCAGUUUACUCAACUCAUUUUGGUAUUCGCUGGCAGCAUUUAUGCAGCAGGGCUGCGAUAUGACACCACCAUCGGUAGCCGGACGUAUUGCAGCCGCCGUCUGGUGGUUCUUUACCAUCAUAUUGAUAUCAUCCUAUACAGCCAAUUUGGCUGCCUUUCUUACCGUGGAGCGCAUGGUGGCGCCCAUUAAAUCGCCCGAGGAUCUCGCCAUGCAAACCGAUGUUCAAUAUGGCACUUUGCUGCACGGCUCCACAUGGGAUUUCUUUCAUCGCUCAAAGAUUGGUUUGCAUAGCAAAAUGUGGGAGUACAUGAAUGCCAAUCCGCAUCUGUCCGUGCACACCUACGACGAGGGCAUCCGACGAGUGCGCACCUCCAAGGGCAAGUAUGCGCUGCUUGUGGAGUCACCGAAGAAUGAAUAUGUUAACGCGCGGGCGCCGUGUGAUACCAUGAAAGUGGGUCGCAAUAUCGAUACCAAGGGUUUUGGCAUAGCCACGCCAAUUGGUUCGCCGCUUAGAAACCGUCUCAACUUGGCGGUGCUGUCACUCAAGGAGAACGGCGAGCUGCUCAAGCUGCGCAACAAAUGGUGGUUUGAUCAAACCGAAUGUAAUCCCAAUUUGGAUAGCCAGGAGACCGCCACACCCAAUGAGCUCUCACUUAGCAAUGUGGCGGGCAUCUAUUAUAUAUUGAUUGGUGGUCUGCUGCUCUCCGUCAUCGUGGCCAUCCUGGAGUUCUUUUGUCGCAGCAAAAAUUCACAGCUGAAGGUGCCGGCGAAUGGCAAUGCUGGCGGCAUGUUGGGCUCCUCUACAUAUCAGCGGGAUUCACUAUCGGAUGCCAUCAUGCAGUCCCAGGCCAAGCUGGCCAUGCAGGCCGGCAGCGAUUACGACGAGCGCCUUGUGGGCGUCGAGCUGGCCUCCAAUGUGCGCUAUCAGUACAGCAUGUAAGGGACUGAAGCCCCAAAUUUAACUUGUACAUAGUAUUACUUAGAAGCGAGACGCAUUCGAAAAACUUAACUAAACGACGCUGGCAAUCAAAUGAGGAGAAGCGAGCAGGACGAAGGGGCAGAGUUGGUGGCAAUGCAGGCGGCGUUCUAAAACUGUACAGCAUAAUUAUUUGUAUUUUUGAUAAAUGUAUACAAAAUGGGAUUGCAUGUAAUACUUAAUAAUAAUGAAAAUUAGCUGUAAUUAGGGCUUAAGUGAAAAUUAUUCCAAAUAAUAAAGCAUACAUUUUAAGCAGA